AUGUACAGAAGUAUUUUUUUUAAACGGUUACAUUUAAGACAAAUUAAAAACGAGUGCUUAGUCCAAUUACUAGAAAGCAAAAAUCGUAUAGUAAACGAUAUACAUUACAAAGUUCGGUGUAUAUCUAUAUCAGCAGUUUACAAUAAAAAAAGAAAAUCUCCGGAAGAAAAGGCUGUAGAAAACCUUGGAAGACGGGUGAUACGGUACUCUAAAGGUGGCACAGAAGUAGUUGGAAUAUGGCGAAACAUGACAGUACUGGAUGUUGCGAAUGUGCUGAAGAAGGAUGUAGAGCAUGUAUUCAAAACGCUAGAGUUUGCCGACAAGAACUCUGACACUGUGUACACACGGGACACGGUGAUACACAAUCCGCAGAUCGUGAGGGAAAUUGUGAAGAUAUCAGGAUGCCGGUUCAAGCUUGUGCCGAGACCUGAUGAAGUUGUUGAGGAAAAGGAGAACAAGGACGCAGUUCCGGCGCCUCCAGCCCCGCCCGAGGCGCUUCGACCCCGGCCGCCGGUAGUUUGCGUCAUGGGCCACGUGGACCACGGCAAGACCACACUUUUGGAUGCAUUGAGAAACACUUCCGUAGUUGAUCAAGAGUUCGGUGGCAUCACGCAACAUAUCGGUGCCUUUGAAGUGAGGCUGCGGUCAGGGGAGACAGUGACGUUCCUGGACACACCGGGGCACGCGGCGUUCAGCGCAAUGCGAGCACGUGGAGCCGGCGCCACCGACGUCGUAGUGCUGGUGGUGGCCGCGGACGACGGCGUCAUGGAGCAGACCAUCGAGUCCGUGCGCAUGGCGCGCGAGGCGGACGUACCAAUACUGGUGGCGAUCAACAAAAUCGACAAGCCAGGUGUAGACAUUCAACGCACACUACGUUCGCUAGCACAACACGGCGUGGUGUGUGAAGCUCUGGGCGGAGACGUACAAGCCGUGCAAGUGUCCGCGCUGAAGAAGUUGCAUCUAGACACGUUGGUGGAGGCGCUGACACUUCAGGCGCAACUGAUGGAGCUCAAGGCGGACCCCGGGGGAUAUGUGGAGGGAGUCGUGCUGGAAGCUCAACUCGACCCGCGGGUUGGGAAACAAGCGACUGUGCUAGUACAGAGAGGGACACUUCGGAAAGGUUGCAUUCUCGUUGCAGGAAACGGCUGGGCUAAGGUCCGCAUGCUGCAAUCGGCAGAUGGUCGGCCCGUACUGGAGGCUCCGCCUUCGAGUCCCGUGUCGGUGCUGGGCUGGCGGGAACUGCCGGCUGCCGGGGAUACCGUGCUCGAAGUUGACUCAGAGAAACGUGCGAACGAGGUGAUGAAAUGGCGUCACAGCCAAAGCAUGAAAGAGAAGCAAGAAGAGGACUCCGAAGCGAUAUCAGAAGCUACUCACAGAGCGCAGUACCGCGAGGCGUUGGCACACAAACGCGCUCUCGGACGAAUGAGACUCCGGCCCGACGGACCAAGACAGAAGCUUAUUAAAGAAGAUACACAUCCCACACUUAGAGUUAUAGUAAAAGGUGACGUGGACGGUUCCGUAGAAGCGAUCCUUGACAUAUUGGAGACGUACGACGAACAUGACAGAGUGCGACUGGACCUCGUGCAUUACGGCGUGGGACACGUGACGCCCAACGACCUAGAGAUCGCACAAGCAUUCAACGCUGUUGUAUACGCAUUCAACGUGGAAUGUCCGCCUACGUUGUCCGUAGAAGCGAAAAAGAACAACAUACCUAUUAAACUACACAAUGUCAUCUACCGGCUAGUGGACGACGUGAAGGAAGAAAUCAGCGCCAGAAUACCCAAGCGGCAAGAAGAGGAACUAAUCGGCGAGGCUAACGUUCUUCAGCAGUUCCAAGUGACUGAGGGACGAAAGAAAGUGCCAGUAGCGGGCUGCCGUUGUGUACGCGGCUCUCUGUCGCGAGCUGCUCUGUACAGAGUGCUUCGCGGCGCCGACGUCGUGUUCCAAGGUAAGCUGGCCUCCAUGAAGCAUCUGAAAGAGGAAGUGAACACAAUCAAGCGCGACAUGGAGUGCGGACUUCGUUUUGACGACCCCGCAUUCGAAGUGCAACCCGGCGAUACUGUAAUUUGUUACAAACUGGUGGACGCAAGCGACCAGACUGGAUGGGACCCCGGAUUUUGA